AUGGCUAAAUUGUCGAUAGUUACUCCUAUUCUAAAUUUUAUUAUUUUGUUAUUCCAGCGUGAAACAGUAUCCCUAUGUAGUAUUCCUCUUAUCUGGCAAAAUAGAACGUUUCUGGUUGCACAAUUUUCGAAUGGUAGCUUAAAUAAAACCACUUCCACAAAUGCUACAUUCAGAGGUACCACCGCAGUCUGGGGAGAUGAUGAGGGAAAUUCCAGUCUGUGGACAUGUCACUAUAUUGAUGAAAGUAGCAUUGUAUUAAGAAGCAAACUAAAGAAUGACAGCAAUGAAGCUUUCCAGUGUUUGCUGUACAAAACAGUAAACGAAUCUCUGACUUAUUAUCAAACAUUAUCAGUAAACGACAGCCAAUAUAUUAUAUUUCCGCAAACAUACAACCCUUCGGUUUGUGAGGUAUGCAGUGGCACCAAGACAGAACUUUAUGUUAUGUUCUUGAAAGAAAACUUGACCUGUGGAUGUGUCCCAGAUUGUAACGAUAUUUUGUUUAUAAACCCGUGCAGGAGUCUCGAGAAUACCGCAAACAAAUGUGACUCUGAAAUGGUAUCACCAACAAGUGAAACAAGUGAUGCAAAUUCAUCCUGGUCACGGCACCAAACUUCGCUGAAUUCAGAAAAUUUAACAACAAGCUAUGCAGAGGUAACUUGGUCAUGGCAACAAUCCUCGCCAAGUGCAAUGGAUAAUAACCAAGGACAAAAUUCAGGAAAUAAAAAGGACAGACUUGGUGUCCUGAUAACUCAUCAUGGAGCUUACAUUGGAUAUGGAUUGUCCGGACUAUUGUUUUUUGUUACUUGUAUGGCCUGGGUUUGUCGGUGUUUUCGACUUGCCAAGCAGUCUUACGAAAAGAGACGAAUAAGGAAAAACAAAGUUCACGUUAUUCCGGUACAGGAAAAGAACUAGUAAAAAUUGUUUCCAAGAUAUACAUUUUAUAUGAAAAUUUAAUUUUUGACAACUUUUCAAAUAAAGCAAUAAAUGCACCCCCCCCUCUCUCUCUCUUAUUAUUUGGAGAGGGGUUUAUAAAAAUAAAAAGAAGAAAAUACUAGACAAUUUGAGACAAAAUUUUGACAAUAAGAAUUUUGAAAAAGCAACUUUUGUCAUGCAGUGGUCGUGCAGUAAAUUUACCAUUUUCAUACUAUCAAUACGCAA